UCAGGGAGGGGGCCAGGGUGACUAAUUUCCAAGAGCUCAGACUGACAUUUUCCUGACACAGACACUUGAAGAGAAACCUUCUUGAGCCUCCAAGAUGCCUGUCUCUGCCUCCCAGCUCCAGCCUUCUUGUCUUGUCCUGUUACUGACUUUUCUGCUCAGACUCACAGCCACAGAGGUGAUUCUGCAAGUGAUUCAGCCUGAGAAGCCAGUGGUUCUUACUGCAGGAGAGACCGCCACUCUGAACUGCACUGUGACCUCUCUAUUACCUGUAGGACCCAUCCUGUGGUUCAAGGGGAAAGGACAAGGCCGAGAGCUGAUCUACAAUUAUAAAGGAGGCCACUUCCCACGAGUCACAAAUGUAGCAGAUACGACACGCAGAGACAACAUGGACCUUUCAAUCCGAAUCCGUAAUGUCACCCCUGCAGAUGCAGGCACCUACUACUGUGUCAAGUUCCAGAAAACAGGCUCUGAGGAGAAGGAGUUUCUGUCUGGAGGAGGCACCAAGAUGGUUGUGGAUGAAAUGGAGCAGUCUUGUACUUCUACACUCCUCACAGCUCUGCUGCUCAGCACAAAGGCGCUCCUGGCCAUCAUUGUCUCUGCUAUCUACAUCCUCCAGAAACAAAAGGUCUAACUGAGCUGCCUGUCAACUUACCACAGAUGUCCCCAUGAGAAGAGCAGCUCCAGGGUUAUGACAGCAGGAGGAGAUACUUCUUGAAUAAGGAGUAUUUAUCCCAAAGAGACAUGUUUCCCCACCAUCUCAACUAUAUUCCUCAACUUUCUUCCUGUGGAGGACCCUCACUCUCUGCUACUUUCUUCCUUCUCUGAGAGGAUCGAUCUGGAAGAAAAUGUGAUAAGAAGCUACCUUAGACACUGUUACAAACAUUUCUCCACCUCAGACACAUGUUGGCCCACAAAUCCCUGCUGUUCCUUUACUCAGUCAUUGAUGUCCUUAGGACUGAUCUGCACCCAUGAUCCUAAGCAGGAGGGCUGGGAGCUGGCUGUGGGAUCUAAUUCAGAUAAUUUCCUGGAAUAUGUGCAAUAAGUCAAUUUGUACUAUCACGUGUUAGACACAGAGCACACCUCCCCACUAAAAUCAAUAUAUUCAGAGAACUAUAUUAGAAAGUGAUUGAGUCAUAGGUAUAUGAUACUUAUGAGUAGAUUAAAUCUUUAAUGAAAUCAUGACUGAAUGUCCUGUUAAAAUGAGAAAUUAUUUCCGAUGUGGGUUACUAGAGACAUGAGUUGCAAGGGUAUACACACACACACACACACACACACACACACACACACACACAAAUGUUGUUCCGAGACUAUUCUCUUUUUCUGUUUUCUUUCACUUUGAUUUUUCAGAGUGAACUAGUUUCAGCUGACAGUGAACUAAAUUGUGAGCCACAAUAAAUAUAUUUGCAAGUAUUGGCUAUUUUUUUUUCCAGGAACACUAGAAUGGCCCAGGGGUGGAGUUGUUACUGUAACUGGAUAUGUCCACAUAGCUUGCAAGGCUUUGAAACUGAUUUGCUGGAGUAGUUUAGAAAAUUAUGAAGAUGUCAACUAGAAAAGUCUUAGAAUGUUGAAAGCUGAUUUUCAUGGUGAUUCUGGUGAGGAUGCUGCCAGAAACGUGAAUGGUGAAGGGCAAGUUUAGGAGGUUCCUCUUGGGAACCAGAACUCCAUUGACAAUUGGACUAGAAGCCAAGUGGGUUACAUUCUGGCAAAGAAUGUGUGUUUGUUUUGCCUAUGUUUUGAGACUUCAGGAGAUAGAAAUUAAGAGCAAUGCACUAUUUAUCUGAUUGAAGAAGUUUCAAUGUAGUCUAAUAUUUAGACUAUGGCAAAGAUGAUGCUAGUUGCUUCUAACCAGAUUUCCAAGGAAAAAGAGGAGUAAAAAGCAGAGAUGAAGGAUUUAAAAAUUGUGCAUUUUGCCUGGAAAAGAAAUAUAUGUUAAUUUGGGCCAAAGAAGAUAUUAAAAGAAACCAGGUAUUUUGCCCUCCAGACAAUCAGAAUGGAUAGAUCCCUUGAAGGAAUUUCAGGAAAUGGCCAAAUUCCACUCAUCAUAAUUUCAAGGUUAUAAAAGCUACAAUCUCCUUUCAAAGUCUUUGCUUUGAUAAAAUAUCAUCACAGCAUCCUGCUCAUUGUCGGCAGCACAGAGAAAUUUUUUCCCAAGUUCAGUCACACAGUUUGGCCAUCCAGUCACUCAGAGAAAAUACAGCAUGGGCUCCCACCUAUUAUGUAAGCUGGCAGCAGACCAUACACCAUCCACAUGGGGUUGGUUAUGCAAGUGUGUAGAGUGCAAGAUUCAUGGAGUUAUUGAGAUUUCCACCAAGAUUUCAGAAAAAAGCCUCAAAGACUAAAACAGCCCUUAACAGAAUAGUGCAGAAAGUUGAGAGCAUCAAACCAAAGUUGCAGCAGAAACCCAGGAAGUUGAGGCCAGAAAUGUGGACUGCUUGCUGAGAUAAACCACACGCACUGAGCAGAACCUACCUAAGAGAAAAGUCAUGUGGGUUCAACCAGCAUAUCCAGAGGAGGCCAGACUUCCCGGGCCCUUUGGAACACAUAUCUCACUACAACCUGACCGGGUUGCUCAACUUAGAGCUGCAGUAUUUAAUGUUUUAGUCUUGCUUUAUACAAUUCCUUCCUAUCCCCAUAUUUUUCUAUUUGGAAAGAGAGUAUUUACCCUGUCCCACUGUGUGUUGGGAGUGUUUGAUGUUCUUUUUGAUUUUCAUAGGAGUUCAGAGAUAAAGAGUUUGCUUUGAGUCUCAGAGGAGACUUUGGAGUUGGACUUUUUAGCAAUGCUGGAAUCAUUAAGAAUUUAGCAAUUCUGAGCCAAGGGUUUAGCUCAGCAUUCUAAGUGCCUGUUUGGCAAAUGAGAGAUAGUGACUGCUAUCCCAGGUACCAUUAAAAAAAAGCAAGAAACAAAUAAAAAAGAAAUGGACAUGACCCUUAUUGGGACCAGGGACAGAAUGUUAUUGUUUAUAUCUAAAAUAUACCCCAGAAUAUUCAUCAGAAGUUUCAGAUGUCCAGAAGUGUACCAUUUUGAAUUUGUUUGGAUCAUGAGGGUACUAUACUGACCAGUAGAUUAAUCUACUGAUGUGUUCAUAGCUGAAUGUACUGGAGGUGUGGCUUUGUUGGAUGUGUGCCACAGGAGACAUGACCUAUAAGGGUGUAUUCUUGCCUCUGGCUUUUCCCUUCUCUCUCUGUUCCCGGCUGCAAUGGAAUAAGCAGCUUUUAAUAAGGAUACCCUUUUGCUACACCAUUUCUGCCUUAAAUCUAACCAACCAUGGACCUCUGAAACCCUCUGAAACCAUGAACCAAAUAAACUUCUUAUCCUUUAAAUUCUAAGUGUUGGGUGUUUAGUUCCAGCAAUGGGGAAAUGAUUAAUACAUGAAUCUGUUAGGAUAAGUUUCAGCUAUUGCUAUUGAGGUGGUCAUUUCAUCAUCAUGCACCACAUUCUCACAUACCACAUUCAGUUUUCUAAGUUACUAUCCAACACAGUUCCCCAGAAUAUUUGUGGUCCUCACAGUGGGGCUUGUUACAGCUCUCUUCAGGGUAGCUCACAUGUUUGUCUUGAGCUUUGCUUCCUGACUCCAGUGCAGAUUGCUCAGCCUUGAGGCUUAGAUCCCUAACCCCACUAGCACAGCCUUUCUGGAUACCACCAAUGAAUGUUGGACCUUACCAUUGCAGAUUUUUGAUAUGUACUUGCAUGAAAUGUGGCUGUAGGCAUUAGGCCUUUAGUUGAACUCAUGCUGGACAUUCACAUGGGAUCCAUGGCCUUGACUGUAUUCCUUGGGUAUCUAGCCCACAGUGAGAGCUCUUGCACUCUUCUGUAUUUGACUUUUUGGGCUAAUAUUGAAAGUUAAUCUUAUAAAUUACACAUCUAUUAAAUAUAUUUCCUUACAAACUCUGACUAUAGCAUGUAUUUUGAAAAUGAGUGUUGAUUAAAUUGCUCCUGUUUCCUUCUAACAUAUCAGCAUGUUCAUUCUCUGCAUUCAUUCCUUUUUCUAUUCCA